AUGAAGUUCUCCACCACCCUUGUUGCCCUCGUUGCCGCCGGUCUGGCUCAGGCCCAGCUGCCCGAUGUGCCCCCUUGCUCGCUUUCAUGCUUCGUGUCUGCCCUCGGUAGCGACGGCUGCUCUGAGCUCCUCGACUUCAAGUGCCACUGCAAGAAGACCGAGCUGGUCAGCAGCAUCACUCCUUGCGUGAAGAAGGCCUGCGACGUCGAAGCCCAGAUCUCCGUCUCCAACGCCGUUGUCGCCCAAUGCUCUUCCGCUGGCGUCUCCAUCUCGGUGCCUCCCGUCGAGACCACCAGCGCCACCAGCGCUUCCUCGACUGGAGCCAGCUCCUCCAGCUCCACCCCAGCUGAGACCAGCGCCACCCCUACUUCGACUGCCACUGCCACCUCCAGUGAAAGCUCCAGUGCCGCCGGCUCUUCCACCGCCGCCUCUUCUUCUGCCGAGUCUUCCUCUGUCGAGCCUACCUCUGCUGGCUCCACUGCCGUUGGCUCCUCCAGCGGUGCUGCCACCUCUACCCCUCUGGGAACCAAGACUGGCUCUGCCUCUGCUUCGGCGUCCUCCCCUGCCUACACUGGCGCUGCUGCCAAUGUCAAGGGUAACCUUGCCGGUGUUGCUGCUGUUGUUGCUGCCGCCGCUUACGUUCUGUAA